GCUCGCGUUCCGCCAGCUUUCUACCAAAACCGAGAGCGCGCAAACGGGGGAUUUUUCAUCUCUCUCGAUUUUAAGGAGGAUUUUAAAGCGCUUUUUUUAUUUGUCGUUAUUAAGAUUAUUAUUGUUAUUAAUCGACCGGGCUUUAGAGGAAAGUAAGAAAUAUAAAUAACAGUUUUUUGGAGAAAGAACAAUGUCAGCGACCUUUCCAGGACUUGUCCACGACGCAGAGAUACGUCACGACGGUUCAAACAGCUACCGGCUCAUGCAGCUCGGUUGUCUGGAGUCGGUGGCCAACUCCUCGGUCGCCUACUCCUCCUCGUCGCCGCUCACCUACCCGGCGCCGGCGGGGACGGAGUUUGCCUCGCCCUAUUUUUCGGCCAACCACCAGUACACGCCCCUGCACCACCAGUCAUUCCACUACGAGUUCCAGCACUCCCACCCGGCCGUGGCCCCGGAGGCCUAUGGGCUAAACUCACUGCAUUCGGGCCAGUACUACCAGCAGAUCCAUCACGGGGAGCCCGCUGACUUCAUCAACCUUCACAACGCGCGCUCAGCCCUCAAGUCCUCGUGCUUGGACGAGCAGCAGCGGCGCGAGCUGGGCUGCCUGGACGCUUACCGACGGCAUGACUUGUCGCUGAUGACGUCACAUGGCUCUCAAGCCUACGGCGUCGGCAUGCACCACCCGGACCAGAGGCUGCUGCCUGCCGCCGGCCUAGGCCUCCCUCCGGCGGCGGCUGACGACCUACAGGGCUCCGUGGAGGCUCAGUGUGGGCUCGUACUGAACGGCCAAGGGGGCGUCAUCCGGAGAGGGGGAACAUGCGUGGUGAAUCCCACAGAUCUUUUCUGCUCUGUACCGGGUCGACUCUCGCUGCUCAGCUCCACCUCCAAGUACAAAGUCACAAUUGCUGAAGUGAAAAGAAGAUUGUCUCCGCCAGAGUGCCUCAAUGCCUCCUUGUUGGGCGGCAUCCUGCGCAGAGCAAAAUCCAAGAACGGUGGGCGGUGUCUUCGUGAAAAAUUAGAUCGCUUAGGCCUCAACCUGCCAGCAGGAAGAAGAAAAGCUGCUAAUGUCACCCUACUCACCUCCCUGGUGGAAGGUGAGGCGCUCCACCUGGCGAGGGACUUCGGCUACACCUGUGAGACAGAGUUUCCCAGCAAGGCGGUGGGAGAACAUUUGGCGAGGCAGCACACUGAGCCGAAAGAGACCAACGCGCGCAAGAAAAUGGUUCUGGCAACAAAGCAAAUCUGUAAGGAGUUCCAGGACUUACUGAGCCAAGAUCGUUCUCCUUUGGGUUCCUCGAGGCCGACCCCGAUCCUGGACCUGGACAUCCAGAGACACCUCACACACUUCAGCCUGAUCACUCAUGGCUUCGGUACACCAGCGGUCUGUGCAGCUCUCAGCACCUUCCAGACGGUCCUGAGUGAGAUGCUCAACUACUUAGACAAAAACUCGAGUGGGAAAACGAGUGGACCUAACGAACAACAAAUCAACAGCAGCUCAGAAAAGACACAGCUCCGGAAAACAGCUGAAUCCCAGAACAAGGAGGGGAAGUCAGAAAAGACUGAGUAGCAACCCUUCUCCUCCCCAACACUCUUACACCUGGUUGCCGUGCCUUGGAGUGCUGAAUCUUAGGAGUAUAUCUGAGUACGAGUGUGUGCUUGUGUGUGUAUGUGGGACCUCAUACUGGAGUAAAUCCCACAGAUUUUGGAUAACUUCUUAAGGACAUAUUUAUUCCUAUUUAUUUAUGUUAUGUUGAAGUCUAACACUUAUUUAAGUUUCCCAAACAUGGAGAGUGAUGUUGAAAAAAGACUACUGGGACUCAUCCAAAACUUUUAGUUCUUGCUUUGCUUUUUUAUUUAUAUUUUUAAGUAUAUUUUUUUCAGAUCGGGGAUGUGACUAUUCAAAGACAAAUCGCUGCAGUGAGUCAGCAAGAUCACAAAAACUGAAAAUGUUUUCUGCUCUUAUAAUUGAUGCUCUGGUCUUCAAUGACUAUUCAACUAUUCAAGUUGAUUUUUUAGGAGUUUUGCAUUCAGCUCUGAAUGCAAAACUCAAAACCUGAUUCCAGAUAAUAAUUUAAAAAGAUCAGUAACCUGCAAAGCACUUGACUCACAUCAAUCAGGCAUUUAUUUAGCAGUGCCUUUCCAAAGUCUUCAUGCCCCUUGAAGUGUUGCACAUUUUGUCAUCAUACAACCACAAACUUAAGGAUAAAACUGCAAAAAAAAAGAGAAGACAUACAUUUUGGGUGAGUGUUUUUUUUUUAUCGAAAUACCGAAGGGUAGCAUUCAAAUAUAUUGAGCCCAUCUGAUUAGAUUCCACUUAAAAUAAUAUUGUGCAAUCUACUGAUUUCAGACUUUACCUAAUGAGAAACUUUGGUCCACUUGUUUUGAUUGAGUUUCAGUAUAACUCCAUCUGUUCUGACAACACCUCAGAGGAUAACUCGAGAAAAUAAGUGAGCAAACAGCCUUGUAAAGAUG